CAGGUGACUCCCAUUUCCACACUCACACAGCGACCCCGAAGCUUUCAAGCUAGUCUGGAGAGCGCAGCCAGCUGACGCAGCAACAGUCGGUACUGAUCCGUGGGGGUGCAGCUGUCGGUUAGCAGAAACUGGGUGUGAGUCUGUAAGCCUUCAGUGAUUAUUAUUUUGUAUUCACAAUGAAGAAAAUCAAAAUGCUCACAUCCUGACGUCUGCAUUUUGGUCAAUGACCGUCUGUCGCGGUGUCGGUGACUGACAUGGACGCUAGUGACAAUAAGGAUGUGAAGCUUUCAGCCGAAGUGGAACCGUUCAUCCCACAGAAGAAAGGUCUCGAAGGAUCUCUCGUCAGCAUGAGUCUUUCUGGCGAGGCAGGCGGAGGGGUAGGUGGCGGAGGAGGAGGAGGAGGUGGUGGAGGGGUGGAAACCACUCCCAUACCCAGUUACCUCAUCACCUGCUACCCUUUCGUCCAGGAGAACCAACCCAACAGACAACAUCCUAUGUAUAAUGGAGGGGAGCUGCGCUGGCAGCAGCCUAACCCCAGCCCCGGUGGUUCGUACCUGGCCUACCCCAUCUUGUCUUCACCCCAGCCUCCUGUCUCCAAUGACUACGCUUACUACCAGAUUAUGCCUGCUCCAUGCCCACCGGUGAUGGGCUUCUACCAGCCCUUCCCUGGCCCCUAUGCAGGUCCUGUGCAAGCUGGAGUAGUCAACCCUGUCUCAGCCGAUGUCGGCGAAAGACCUCUGCCUCUGGGGCCAGCGUAUGGGAUGGCCAGUCAGAGGGGGAGAGGCAUGGUGCGACCUAACGGUCUCCCAAAGCAACAGCUGGGUGUGUGCCAACCUCCAAGGGGUCGUCGGCCUCCAACCAGGAGUGUAGCUGUGCAGAAGGAGGUGUGCACUUUGGGGCCUGAUGGUAGGACCAAGAUGGUCAUGCUGGUGGAUGCAGCACAGCAGACUGAUUUCCCGGGUGAGGCGUCAGGGAGGUGCGCUGCAGAGCGGGCUAGUCCCCUGCUGUGGAAGAACAGGCAGACAAAGAGAAGACGGGCGUCCCAUCCAGCCGAAAACUACAACGAGCAGGGCGCCAGUGAGGCAGAUAUAGACAGUGACAGCGGCUACUGUAGCCCCAAGCACAACCAGGCUGCAGGGGCAAUGCAACGAACUGCAGAGAAUACAGCAGCACCCACAGGAGUAGAGGCUGGUGUAAUGACAGCGGGUACCUGGGUAAAUGUAGCCUCUCAGGCUACCCAGAAGUCCUGGGGGGACAGGAACGGCCAGUUUCACAGAGCAGACCAGAGGAAGAAUCCUGAACAGAGAAACUUCUCACAGGAUUUCCACAGUGGCUAUCCGGGGCGUGUGCAGCCCAACCAGUCAGAACAAAGGCUGCAGCCAGCAGCGGUCACUGGUACUGGGGUCUCCCCAGAGCCCCUCUACUUUGAGGAUGAAGAUGAAUUCCCAGACCUGGCUACUGGAGGGGCUGCCCAACGCAGCACCAAACCAGAAUCUACUUCAGCCCAGACACAUGCGCAACCUAAACUUCCCAAAAACCUGCUGGAUAACCUGCCAGAAAACUCCCCCAUCAACAUUGUGCAGACACCCAUCCCCAUUACCACCUCUGUUCCCAAGAGGGCCAAGAGCCAGAGGAAGAAGGCUCUGGCUGCUGCGUUGGCCACUGCACAAGAGUACUCUGAAAUCAGCAUGGAACAGAAGAAAUUACAGGAAGCAUUCACCAAAGCAGCAGGGAAGAAGAGCAAAACCUCCGUCGAGCUGGACCUGGGAGAUAUGCUGGCAGCUUUGGAGAAACACCAGCAGGCUAUGAAGGCCAGACAACUGAACAAUACCAAGCCGCUGUCAUUCACAGUUGGAACAACCACUCCAUUCCACGCUUCAAGCUUGGUCAGCCUGCCGUCCAUGUUGAAGGGCCAUCAGCAGACAUACUCGGUCCCACACAAUUCCCUGGAUUCCACCGCACCCCGUAUCAAGAGGGGGAAGGAGAGAGAGAUCCCCAAAGUAAAACGGCCCACAGCCCUGAAGAAGAUCAUCUUGAAGGAACGUGAAGGGAAGAAGGGGAAGACGAGCGUGGAACAGGAGUCCUCAGGCCAGGAGGAGCACGGGGAAGAGAGUUUACAUUUUACUGAUGAUCUUGCACGAGAGCCUGCCUCCCAAGAAGACAACGGUCUGAGUAUGCCCAGCGAUGCAUCCCUUUCCCCGGCCAGUCAGAACUCUCCAUAUAGCAUCACCCCGGUGUCCCAGGGUUCUCCUGCCAGCUCUGGCAUCGGGAGUCCCAUGGCCUCAAACGCCAUCACGAAGAUCCACAGCCGUCGUUUCAGAGAGUACUGUAACCAGGUGCUGAGUAAGGAGAUCGACGAGAGCGUGACUAUGCUGUUACAGGAACUGGUUCGCUUCCAGGAGCGGGUCUACCAGAAGGAUCCUACCAAGGCCAAGUCCAAACGCCGCCUGGUCAUGGGUCUCCGAGAGGUCACCAAGCACAUGAAGCUGAAUAAGAUUAAGUGUGUCAUCAUAUCUCCCAACUGUGAGAAGAUCCAAGCCAAAGGUGGUUUGGAUGAAGCUCUGUACAAUGUAAUUGCCAUGGCACGGGAUCAGGAGAUCCCGUUUGUGUUUGCCUUGGGCAGAAAAGCUCUUGGACGCUGCGUCAACAAACUAGUGCCGGUUAGUGUGGUUGGCAUUUUCAACUACUCUGGAGCUGAGAGUCUCUUCAACCGUCUGGUGUCUCUGACUGAAGAGGCUAGGAAGGCCUACAAGGACAUGGUGUCAGCUCUGGAGCAGGAGCAGGCCGAGGAGGCUCAAAAGAAUGACAAGAAAGUCCCACACCACAUGGGGCACUCCCGCAACCACUCUGCUGCUUCUGCCAUCUCCUUCUGCUCCAUCUUCUCUGAGCCUAUUUCAGAAGUCAAUGAGAAGGAGUACGAGACCAACUGGAGGAGUAUAGUGGAGAAUUCAGAUGCCCUGGAGCCGGUAGAGGCUGAGCCGAGUCGCCCUGCACCUUCCACAGCCACCCAAAAAGACGGUGAGACUCUGGCAGCCACGGCCAACGCAGCCACGCCUGGCUCAGCUGCUCCCCAGCCAGCCAGGCUAGCACCUCCGACACUGACACAGGGUACCGGUGAGAGAGACGAGGUCCGGGUAGACGACCGGCUGGAGCUGGCCUCUCAGCAGAGCACAGAGACGGGCUCGCUGGAUGGGAGCUGCAGGGGCCCGCUGAACUCCUCCAUCACCUCCACCACGUCCACCCUGGUCCCCGGUAUGUUGGAAGAGGCGGAGGAGGAGGAAGAGGAGGAGGAGGACUACACUCCUGAGCCUAUUUCUGUGGAGGUGCCUACCCUCAGCAGCCGCAUUGAAUCCUGGGUGUCAAAGACCCUGGAAAACCUGCAGCUGGGGAAGAGCCAGGAGAGUACAGAAGAGGAAGACGACGACGAGGAGGAGGAGAAAGGGCAGAGUGAGGAGGAGGACCUUGAUUCAGCGGAUAUCACAGAGACGAGGACCGAGGGCAAAGAGCAAGUGGAGGCUAAGAAGGUCACAGGUUGAUGUCGGCUCCUCCUCCUCUUCCUCCUCCCUCCUCUGUUCUCAGAUACACUCAUUCCCUCUGUUGCUCUCACAUUCUUCUUCACAGCAACCAGCAGCUUCUCUCCUUUGUCUCCAACCCCUGACACCAGACAUAAUCUCAGGUAUCAACCAACUGACCAACACUUACACACAUUACAGAGAAAGUGACCAACUUACCAACACACACCAUCGCAGACCAAACAGCAACUAACACAGUCUGAGGGACAGUCGUCGACACCAACACUCCUCUUGUAAUUGAAAAGGAUGCCCUCACUUCUUCGGCCCAUAACCUGCUACACUUGAAUUCAGAGGGAAGUUUGUGACUUUCCUCCUCCGAGGCUGAACUCGUUUAGAGUCGGGGACGUUUCUGGGAGCAAGUGCUUAACAAUGGUGAACUGCUGUCUGUAGCUCACAGAGAAUGAAGGUUGGAACCGUUCAGCUCCCAUCUUAUUUCAUGCAGAGCUCAGAAGGUUUACAGCUCUGCAAGUAUUUGUGUGCUUGUGUGUGUGUUUACAGGCACAUAGUUUGCAUUUAUUUUUUGCUGUGUUCUUUAGCUUUAUCUUUGUAUAUAAUGGUUUUUUUUGAGGGAAGGAGAAACAUGCAUUUCCUGAUUACUUCUUGGUUGAUAUUUAGCUUUUCUCACAGAGCAUUACAGUGCCAGGGGGUUCUGUCUUUCUACCAAAACCACGCCCACCCUUCAGUCUUCAGAGUGUUAUUUUAAUGUUCAAAUAAUAAGUGUCCCAUUCUGUGUUCAGAUGAUUCGGAUGACUUUAACUUCUAAGAAGCAAAAUGAGCUUUUGUGUAUAUAACCAUGUCUAUGUGGUUCUACUACAGUAUAUAUUGGUUUGUCAUAUUGAUUCUGCCUCGUGUGAAACUCUUUUGGUUGUUUUUCCUCUGACUGGAAUUGUCUUGAGUUCCCAGAUGUCUGUGCUUCAGAAGAGGAAAAAAAAAAAAAAGAAGAAAUGUUCGUGUUGUUCCCUCUGGUGGUGUUUGUUCUCUGAUGGGGAGGGCGGUCUCAAGCGGUCUUCUUGGUAAUGACAUAACAUUUUUAGAAGCCCUAAUAUUGAGAUCUGAGGAGAUCCACAGGGCAUAGUUGUGUAAUGUAUGAAAUAAUCCUGGUACUGGAAAGUCAUUGUUUUACCAGUAUUCACUCCAUUUCCUUAAAAAUGACACUUAAAUCAAGCAGGUGUUUACUGGUAUUGAUAAAGUUUAACAAUACCCAAGUAGACCAAAAGUAUCAGAUAUGGAUCAAUCCGUUUAGAGCUUUUCUAGAUUUUACAGACGGGUUGCCGAAAGUAAGUUCACCACAGCCGAGAAGCUCCCUCAUCGUGGGCAGAGGCACCCUGGAAGUGGUCCCACAGUCGUGCUCAGACCUUUGUAAAUACAUGUGUACAAAAGAGAUUUUGAUUUUUCAUUGUAUUAAAACAAAUACAAUCAUCCUGUUCUUAAAGCCAUUUGAUAAGUUUUAACAAUUUAACAGUUUGAAUCCAAUUUGAUAAUGGUGUUUGAUGGUGAGAUGUCAGCCAGUCGACGACGAGGCGGUGUGUUUAAAUGCAGUAUGCCGGGCUGUAUGCAAUGUGGAGCCUUGAGAGGGGAGAUGACUUAAAUAUCUUCUUAAGACAUCUUAAGACAUCUUAAUGUCUUAAAUAUCAUACUUGGGAUUAUGAAAGUAUUUCUAGUUUGGUAACAAGUACGCUGUGUGUAGGCUUUCGGUUGCUCUGACUUCCAUCAAAGUGUUUGAAGUAAGUUAAUUAACAGCAAGUGUGUUUCUUUGCACUAUGUAAAUACAGUACUGGUAAAGGUCUUGUAACUAAUGUGAACAAAAAAAAAACAGAACGGUUCAAUGAAGUACUUUUUUUUUUCUUUUUUUUUCAGCGUGUUCCUCGUCUUUAUAUGGAUAUUUAAGACCGUCUCCUUCAGACUGUACAUCACUAGCAACAUUGUUCUAGGCUGUUUCUCAUAAUCCUGUUAUUGCUCUUAACCUAUAUGAACUGAUGAUUAUUAACAUCAUUAAAAUGUUGUUUAAGUAAA